GUUUGGGUUCUUUGUGCUGGGUCUCUCUCUCUCUCUCUGAUCUUUGAGCUGGGUUCUCUCUCUCUUUCUCUCUCUUUGGUUCUUUGAGCUGGUUGGGGGAUGGAGGAGAGAUAUGAGCCGUUGAAAGAACUGGGGUCAGGGAACUUUGGGGUGGCGAGGCUGGUGAGGGAUAAGAAGACAAAGGAGCUGGUUGCUGUCAAAUACAUUGAAAGGGGGGAGAAGAUUGAUGAGAAUGUGCAGAGGGAAAUCAUCAACCAUAGAUCAUUAAGGCAUCCGAACAUUGUCCGGUUUAAAGAGGUUGUUUUAACACCCACACAUCUCGCAAUCAUCAUGGAAUAUGCUGCUGGAGGUGAGCUCUUUGAGAAGAUUUGCAGUGCUGGACGAUUUAGUGAGGAUGAGGCAAGAUUUUUCUUUCAGCAGCUAAUAUCUGGAGUCAGCUACUGCCAUUCCAUGGAAAUUUGCCACAGGGACCUUAAACUGGAAAAUACACUCUUAGAUGGGAGCCCAAUGCCGCGCCUUAAAAUAUGCGAUUUCGGUUACUCCAAGUCCGCAUUGUUGCAUUCGCAACCCAAAUCAACGGUAGGGACGCCGGCAUACAUUGCUCCAGAGGUUCUAUCACGAAAAGAAUAUGAUGGAAAGAUUGCGGACGUUUGGUCAUGUGGGGUGACACUGUAUGUGAUGUUGGUGGGGGCAUAUCCAUUCGAGGAUCCUGAGGAUCCUAGAAAUUUUAGGAAGACAAUUGGGAGGAUAAUGAGCGUACAAUACUCCAUACCAGACUAUGUUCGCAUAUCAGCCGAAUGCAAGCAUCUUCUUUCUCGAAUUUUUGUCGCCGACCCAUCAACAAGAAUCACAAUCCCAGAGAUAAGAAACCAUCCUUGGUUCCUGAAGAACUUGCCGGGAGAGCUGAUCGAUUGUGAGAAAACAAACUAUGAGGAUGUAGGCAGUGGCAGCCUGUCUCAGAGCAUUGAAGAGGUAAUGCGGAUCAUACAAGAAGCACGAACACCCAGCGAAGGCCUGAAGGCCGACGGUCAGUCCGUCGCAGGGUUGGUGGACCUCGACGACACUGACACCGAUAUCGAAACUGAGGAAGUAGAUGAAGGUGGCGAUUUUGUAGCAAGGGUGUGAACAUUGCCCUGUAAUAACACUACUGCAUGGUUUGUGCAAUGUGUGACUGCACACUAGUCAUCGUACAGUGGCAUAAAAGAUUGUAUGCAGUCGACUGUAGAGUGGGGCCCACGUAGGCGUGAUGUCUACGCCAUCCCCACUAUGAAAAUGCCAUUAUCUGUGAAAGUUAUGAUGUGGCCCACCCGAUGAUUCGAAUCAGGUCAAUCAAAGCAUCAGGUGAGCCACAUCAUGACUUUCAUGGCUAAUCCCAUUUUCAUGGUGGGGUGCAUCGUUUGGACGGAUUGGAUGUCAUGCAGAUAUGAUGUGGGCCCCACCUAAAGUCUACUGUAUGUGGUGCAUCGACGGUGGGACCCACACAGUCUACUUUAUUUGAUCAUUUCUUUGUUUGAAUGCACUGAUGGAAGUUUGCUUGCUAAAAAUGUAGGGUGUUGGAAAGUAGUGUUUGUAUAGCA